AUGUCCUCCCAUAAGACUUUCAGAGUUAAGAGUUUUCUUGACAGGAAGCAGAAGAAAAUUUGUCCCACUCAAUUAACUCAAAUGAAAAGUAGCAAUAAGAUCAGGUACAACUCAAAAUAUAAACAUUGGAAAAAAACAAGAACACAGCCUCAGCUAGGACUGGGAGAUUCAGAGAUUGGAGAAAAUCCAGGUGGUGCACAUGUAUCAGGGAAGUUUGCCUUGAUAACUUCUUGA